GAUGCAUGUAAAUAUUUGGGGUCUCAAAAUGAUUAAAACCUGAUGGUUAUUCAGAAAUAGUAAUGAACUCCCGGUUACGAGCAUUAGGUGGGAGGAUAAAUAAUAUACGUGCAUCAGAGCUGCCAAAAGAGAAGACCCGAUCGGAGAUUAUCUGUAACAUCCACUUUCUGGAUGGCUCAAUACAAAGCUUUAAAGUCAAUAAACAAGAUACUGGUCAGAUUUUGUUGGAUAUGGCUUAUAACCACUUGGGUGUGACAGAGAAGGAAUAUUUUGGUUUACAGCAAAAUGAAGAGGCAGUAGAUUCUCUUCGGUGGCUUGAAAUGAGCAAACCUAUCAAAAAACAGCUUAAAGGAGGUUUUCCCUGCACCCUGCAUUUUCGAGUAAGGUUUUUUAUACCUGAUCCCAACACACUACAGGAGGAACAAACCAGGCAUUUAUUCUUCCUACAGCUGAAAACAGAUAUUUUGGAAGGAAGGUUGACAUGCCCUCUUAAUUCUGCUGUUGUCCUGGCAUCUUAUGCAGUACAGGCUCAGCUUGGAGACUUUAACUCUACAGAACAUCAUUCAGGAUACCUUGCAAAUUGCCACUUUUUACCAGAUCAGAACAAAGAUUUUCUAAUCAAAGUUGAAUCGCUGCAUGAACAGCACAGUGGCCUCAAGCAAUCUGAAGCAGAGUCCUGUUAUAUAAAUAUAGCACGAACCCUUGAAUUUUAUGGAGUGGAAUUGCACAGUGGUAGAGAUCUACAUAAUCUCGACCUGAUGAUUGGAAUUGCUUCAGGUGGCAUUGCUGUAUACAGAAAAUGUAUUUGUACAAGUUUCUAUCCCUGGGCAAACAUAUUAAAAGUUUCCUUUAAAAGGAAAAAGUUUUUUAUACAGCAACGACAAAAACAUAAUGAAACCAGAGAGCAUAUUGUUGCCUUCAACAUGUUAAAUUACAGAGCAUGCAAAAAUCUGUGGAAAUCUUGUGUAGAGCAUCACACCUUUUUUCAGGCAAAGUCACUACCUCAUGAAAACAAGAUAUUUUCUCAUUACUGGACCUUGGGUUCUAGAAACCUAACAAAGUCUGUAAACAACCAGUAUUGCAGAAAAGUCAUAGGUGGGAUGGUUUGGAACCCAUCAGUGAGGAGAUCUUUAUCGGUCGAACAACUAGAGACCAAAAGCCUUCCUUCUCGGUCUCCUCCUGUUACCCCCAACUGGCGGAGUCCUAGGCUACGUCAUGAGAUUCGUAAGCCACGACAUUCAUCUGUAGAUAACCUUACAAAUGAGAUUACGUACAUUACAGAAACUGAGGAUGUUUUUUAUACAUAUAAAGUCUCUCCAACCUCAAAGGACAGUGAUUCAGAGGUCUCCCAAAAUCGCAGUCCACGGAGGAGGUCACCUGAACAAGAAUCAUCAAAGAACAUAUUGGGAAAUAGUCCAUCACAGAGCUGUUUGACCCAUACUUCAUCAAAUACCUUGACCCAGUCUACCAAUGGUGUUGGCAACACUUCAGGCUCCUAUCCAUUGGAUGGGGUGGAUCAGCAGUUUUUAGAAACAUAUGACAAUGUUACAAAAGGUAGCACCUCAGAAGAUUCCAGUCAGUACUACUGUGACAGGAAUGAAGUAAUAGAUGGGGAUUUACUUUUGGUGCAUAUCACCCCAGAUGAAGAUGGGAAGUUUGGAUUUAAUCUAAAGGGUGGUGUUGAUCAAAAAAUGCCUCUAGUGGUGUCAAGAAUAACUCCUGGGUCACCUGCGGAUAAAUGCAUCCCAAAACUAAAUGAAGGUGAUCAGAUAGUGUUAAUCAAUGGCCGAGACAUCUCAGAGCACACUCAUGACCAAGUGGUCAUGUUUAUAAAAGCCAGCAGAGAAUCACACACAAGGGAACUUGCACUUCUGGUCAAGCGGAAAGUUGUCAAACACUUUGUUGAGACCAAAUCUGAAGAUGAAGCUGAUUCUCAGAAUUUUCAGCAAUCCAUUCUUCCCACGUGUUCAGAAUAUGGUGAUACACUAGAAGAGUCUAUGGAACAACUGAAGAAAGGUCUGGAAAACGGGACAGUGCUCACUCAGUUUGAGCAACUUUACAGGAAGAAGCCGGGGCUGGCAGUUACAUGUGCAAAAGUUCCUCAAAAUAUGGACAAAAACCGAUACAAAGAUGUUCUACCGUAUGAUGCCACACGAAUAAUAUUGCAAGGAGAUGAAGAUUACAUUAAUGCAAAUUAUGUGACUAUGGAAAUUCCUUCCGCUGGCAUCGUGAACAGAUACAUUGCCACUCAAGGGCCUCUUCCACAUACCUGCGCACAUUUCUGGCAGGUAGUCUGGGAUCACAGAUUAACAUUGAUCAUCAUGUUGACAACCCUUACGGAACGAGGACGGACGAAAUGUCAUCAGUAUUGGCCUGAUCCACCAGAAAUAAUGGAGUAUGGCAACUUUCGUGUCAAAUGCCAGUCUGAGGAUUGCACUAUUGCCUAUGUUUUUAGGGAAAUGGUGCUUACAAAUAUUGAGACAGAGCAAGAACACAUAGUUACCCAUCUCCAGUAUGUUGCUUGGCCUGAUCAUGGUGUUCCUGAUGACUCCACAGACUUCUUGGAGUUUGUGAACUGUAUGAGACCAAAAAGAGUAAAGAAUGAGCCAGUCCUUGUUCACUGCAGUGCUGGAAUAGGUCGCACUGGUGUGUUGGUCACUAUGGAAACAGCCCUGUGUUUAAUUGAAAGAAACCAACCUGUUUAUCCACUGGAUAUUGUAAGAAAAAUGCGAGAUCAGCGAGCUAUGAUGGUGCAAACAUCAAGUCAAUACAAAUUUGUGUGUGAAGCCAUUCUUCGUGUUUACAAAGAAGGAUUAAUUCAACCGCUGGAUUCCAGUUAGUACAACAGUGAAAAAUUGAAUUUCUUCUUUCUAAGACACUUCCAGUUUUUGGAAAGCAAUCAGCUCAUUUCCAUAAGCAAGUAGAAAUGUUAUCAGAAGCCCAUGGGAAGACAAAUGAGCAUAUUUGAACUCUGGCACUUUAAAUUUCUGUAGAAGAAUCCUGAAUCAUGUACAAUAUGUAGGAAACAUGUAGAUAUGUAUAUGAGAGCACUUGUAUGUAAUAUGCAUUAUAUACAUGCACACUGAAAACAAAUGAUUGUGGAAACCUUAGCAUGUAUCUUAUCUUGCUGCCUUAAAACAACUUUUUCUCUAGAAAUUACUGUAGUUCUGUUGUUGACCAUUCUAAAGUACAAGAGGAAAACCAGUACUAGUAUUAUGAAAUGGCCCAACUAAUGAAGUAGUGAGUUACUUCACCUUUGCUAGGAGCUGAGGACUCAACACCUUUAAAGGUUGGUCCCAAAAUAAUCAUAGGCAAGGUAGUAUUGGUCAUGUUGUUUAUUUUAUAAAGAUUUCUCAAACAUUCUACAGGAACAGAAUACCAACAGCUGGCCAGUAAUUGAAUUGAAUUACUGGAGAAAUUAAAGAACAAACUCCCAUAAACCUGGUAGCAAGUUGUAACCUGCCACCUAUACUAAUAUACUUUCAGCAAGUCAUAUGUAGCAUAAAUGACACACUAAAUCAUUUAUUUUGGCAAUGGUAUAACCUGCAUUGGCCUAUGACCAGGUUUUCCAAUUGUUUAACCUCUGAGCAGCAAUGUAUUUCCCAUGCUUCUGUAUAUUGCACUCUUUGCUCCCUUAUCCCUUCAGUAAUCCCAUCUUAUAUUUUGUU